ACGCCUUGUGGAGAUGAAUCGGUACCAUGUCUCAGUGUGGUCCCUAAGUGACAAUGCUCUUGAAUGCCCCUAUAUCCCAACCAGAGGCACAUUUUUAUGGCCGUGAUAGCGUCGUAGGGGUUGAGGCGUAGUAAAACAAGGUCUUUGACUGGGCCGUAAGCGGUCAGCACAAGCUUCUACAUGUUGCCUAGUGGAUGACGAAGCUUCGCAUCGGUGAGGUGGUCAGAUUGAUUAAGAGUAGGUCGUAAUUUAGUUGGUGUCUUGCUACAGUGCAGACGAAGGUUCCUAUCUCGUCGCAGUGCGAACGCAUCCUGAAGCCCGGCUGUGCUCGAGAUGUGAUAUUGCUCCAAGAACGGGACGGACCGUCUCAGCGUUAGCGGAUGCGAGGUACAAGAAGUCAUGCAAUGGGCAUGAGUAGCGCAUACACACACACGUGUAACGGCGCGAAUUGCGAGGGCGCGAGUGGGUGUGAUGGUGAAGUUGGCGUUGAAUAGCCAAGGUUUGAUAUAUGGGAUGGAUUGUGCGAGCGAAUGCCCACUGGCCCCGCAUACAUGCUCGAAAGCCCGCAUAAGGUUCAGAGAUACGGCCUUUGCGACCCCUCGUUCGAGACGACACGGCGUGCCACAAUGCAGAUCUAUUGCCCUGCAAACAAGAGCAGGGAGAGAAGAGGAGCGAGACUUGUCACUGAAGAUCCGACAAGGCUGCGGAGGAUCUUUGACAGGCGGCCAAGGCUUGAGCCUUGACGCUCGUAUCGUUGGCCGACGCUUGCAGGAUCCAGCGGCAGAGCGGAAACUACUGAGCCAGUGCAACGUAUCAUGGAACGGCGUCUCCUUGGCUCGGGGCUGGCAGGGGGGCAGAUCUGGCCAGUCAAGAGAUGGAAAUGGAAGCCGCCAAGUGAUGAGCACGGCGCCUACAGACAUAGUGCAGCUCGCAGCCAUGGCAUUGGUGACGGGAACGACACCACGCUCACGGUCCUGGGCAGCCCCUGCUCGCCACCAGCAGGGCCACGGCAUCAGCCAGAGGGCAUGCCGCUGCUCGACUCGUGGCAAAGCUUAG